AUGGACUCCACAGACGAGUUGUAUCAAACUGUUGUAGAUUGUGGCAUAAAAUUUAUACCCAUAGAAGAAUUUAGUGGAAAGAAAACGAUUGGUACAGGCGGUUUUGGUGUUAUAUACUCAGCAACUUGGACAAAUACUUCUGAAAUGGUAGCAUUAAAAAGAUUAUCUAUUGGAAUAAAAAAUAGCAUCGAGAAUUUUCUUAAAGAGUUAAAACUACAUAGUAGCACAAGGCAUGAUAGAAUCGUUAAAUUUCUUGGAGUAAGCCGAGAUGAAGAUAAUACAUCGUAUUAUUAUAUUGUAAUGGAACUUGCGACCGAAGGAAAUUUAAGAAAUUAUCUGUCCGAGAAUAAAAUAGUUCUUGAGUGGGAAGAAAAAGUAAGACUUGCAACUCAAAUAGCCGAAGGAAUAUUAUACCUUCAUGAUGAGCUCAAUAUCAUACACCGAGACUUGCACACUAAAAAUAUUCUCGUGUGCAAAGGCAAUAUUAAAAUAUCAGACUUUGGAUUAUCGAAGCGUCUUGGCAGUACUACGACAAUUAACGGCAAACGGGUUGGAGUUUUAGCAUUUAUGGACCCACAAAAAUUCAUUAAUAUUAAUUAUAAAUUGGAUAGAAAAUCAGACGUAUAUAGUAUGGGCGUAAUAUUUUGGGAAAUUUCUAGUUGCCGUGAUCCAUUUGAUGAAAUUUCAGAUCAUAUUCUACUUCCAUGUUACAUUGUAUCCAAUGAUCUUAGAGAAGAGCCUAUUUCGGGGACACCUCAGGAAUAUGUUGAACUUUAUUCUGAUUGUUGGAAAAAGGACCCCAUUCUUCGUCCAGAAUCAAAUAUGGUCCUAAAUCGUUUGCGAAGAAUAAAAUUAACACCGACUUUUGUACGUUCAAAAAGAUCAACUUCUGAUCCUAAUUGGUCAGAAACAGAAAUAAUAGUUCUUGGAUCUUCUAAUAGAUCUAUCACUGACCCGGCUAGAUGGUUAUUUUCAUAG